UGGCUACCCAAUGAAAUUACUCAUAUUAUUUUCUUUGACGCGACCUCAUUGCUACAAAGUUUACAUUAGCUACGCUAGAAGCAACAUUGUAUACACUUUUUGAGAUUACACGAGUCUGCUGUAGUGUACUUUUAUUACAAAAUAUUUUUCCAACUAGGUGGAGCGCGUUUUUCGUAGAGUAGCCUACAGAUCUAUGUGCGGAUGUGGAAAAACUCAGUUUUCUAGUUUGUUAGACCAGUCAUACUGCGAUCGAUAAGUAGACUUGUUUACUUACGCCAGUUAUGUAGGUUAGCUACAUGUAGGCCAGUGUUUAUGCUUUGAGAUUUUGUAACAUUCCGCACUCAUUCGACGUAUUUCCGUGUUCUUAAAUCCUGAAUUUAUAGUCGAUAUUGUCAAUGUGAGUAGGCAAAAUACGUGUACAUUGACCUUUAUAAGGCCUCAUAAAUCUCGUUUGUCAUUCUCGAACUUCAAAGCUUUGCUAUAGUCACUCAACAAUGAAUAUCUCUAAAAGUGGGUACCGUGUUUUCUCUGCUAACUCGACCACCGCAUGCACCGAGCUCGCCAAGAAGAUCACGGAACGGCUUGGCGUAGACUUGGGAAAGUCAGUUGUUUACCAAGAGUCAAACAGAGAAACCAGGGUGGACGUGAAGGAGUCUGUUCGUGGUCAAGACAUCUUUAUCAUCCAGACCAUUCCAAGAGAUGUGAACACGGCCAUCAUGGAGCUGCUGGUCAUGGCCUACGCUCUCAAGACUAACUGUGCCAAGAACAUCAUUGGGGUCAUCCCCUACUUCCCUUACAGCAAGCAGUGCAAGAUGAGGAAGAGGGGCUCCAUUGUCUGCAAGCUGCUGGCCUCCAUGCUCGCUAAAGCCGGGCUAACUCACAUCAUCACAAUGGACCUACACCAGAAGGAGAUCCAGGGCUUCUUCAGUUUCCCUGUUGAUAACCUGCGUGCCUCGCCCUUCCUGCUACAGUACAUCCAGGAGGAAAUUCCAGACUACAGAAAUGCCAUUAUCGUUGCAAAGUCUCCUUCGGCGGCCAAAAGAGCUCAAUCCUAUGCUGAGAGGCUGCGGCUGGGCCUGGCAGUGAUGCACGGGGAGGCCCAGUGUUCAGAGUCUGACAUGGCCGACGGAAGACACUCUCCCCCUCCAAUGUCUUCAGGACGCACCACCUCUGGUCACCCUGGUCUGGAGCUGCCAUACACAGGGAGGCACCAGCCUUCAUUCCCAGGCAUAGAGCUCCCAAUAAUGAUGGCCAAGGAGAAACCGCCUAUCACUGUAGUGGGAGAUGUGGGAGGUCGCAUCGCUAUCAUUGUUGAUGACAUCAUAGACGACGUGGAGGACUUUGUGGCGGCGGCUGAGAUUCUGAAAGAGAGGGGGGCCUAUAAGAUCUACAUCAUGGCGACACACGGCCUGCUCUCAGCAGAGGCCCCGCGGCUCAUAGAGGAAUCCGCCAUCGACGAGGUGGUGGUGACCAAUACAGUCCCUCAUGAGGUCCAGAAGCUCCAGUGUCCCAAGAUCAAGACGGUGGACGUCAGUAUGAUCCUGGCCGAGGCCAUCCGACGCAUCCACAAUGGAGAGUCCAUGGCUUACCUGUUCCGUAACAUCACAGUAGAUGACUGAGCUACACGCACAAAUACGUUGUGUUCACACCGUGAGACCAAGGAUUUUCAGCUCUGUUACAUAGGCACUUGUUUCUUUUCAUUCUAGUUGACUUCCUAUGUAAAAAAAGUAUAUAUCUUGCAUUCUCAAUAAAUGUCUACUGUUCAGUCCAAUACUGUACUGUGUUAUACUAUAUGCAUGGUAAAUACAUCACCCAUACAGACUCUCAUAAAGAACAAACUGCACUGAUGUAUCUUGGAUUAGUUUGAUUUAAUCCUACAGUGUGUGUAUUGUAUGCAACUUUUCAGUGUUUACGUACAGCACAGCAUUUGGUUAAUAAAUCCUUUUUGAUGAA